GAGGAGGAAGGGGAAGGGAGAAGACGAACUCGCCGGCCGCGGCGCGCCCUCCGGCUCAAAACCCUAGCGGAGUUGGCGCACCCGCCUCCGAGCUCGCCGCGCGCGGGUGAUGGCGGGAGGCGGCGGGAGGAAGGAGAAGGGGGAGGGGCUGGGGCGGGCGCUGAUCCGGCAGCGGAACAAGGCGGCGGCGGCCGUCAGGGAGAGGGGGGACGCGCUCGCCCACGCCCGCCGCCGCCCGCAGCCGCUGGAGUCCGUCAUCGAGGUCAGCGACAUCGACGCCGUCCUCGAGCGCGCCGCCGAGGCCGACCGCCUCCACUCCGCGCUCGCCGACGCCGCCUCCUCCUCCUCCGACCUCGUCAUCGACCUCGAUGCGACGGGAGAGACCGACGAGGAGAGGCGGAGGCUGCAGAAGGAGCAGGAGGCUCUGCACGCCACCAGCCUCAGGGUCCCCAGGCGGCCACCAUGGAAUGCUCGGAUGACUGUGGAGGAGCUCGAUGAAAAUGAGAGGCGUGCCUUCCUGGUGUGGCGGAGGAACCUUGCGAGAUUGGAAGAGAAUGACAAGCUUCUGCUCACUCCCUUUGAGAAGAACAUUGACAUCUGGAGACAGCUCUGGAGAGUCCUUGAACGCAGUGAUUUGCUGGUCAUGGUAGUGGAUGCUCGAGAUCCCUUAUUCUACCGCUGUCCUGAUCUUGAGGUAUAUGCAAAGGAAAUUGAUGAACACAAGAGGACAAUGCUUCUUGUCAACAAGGCUGAUCUGUUACCAAUUAAUGUCAGGAAAAAAUGGGCAGACUAUUUUAAGGCACACGAUAUUCUUUAUGUUUUCUGGUCUGCUAAAGCUGCUACUGCCACAUUAGAAGGCAAAACGUUAGGUGGAUACUCUGAAGAUGAUUCUGCUUCACUUGAUUUGGACACCAAGAUAUAUGGCAGGGAUGAACUCUUAAUGAGACUACAAACUGAAGCGGAAUGCAUUGUAGCACAAAGGAGGGCCUCAGCCACUAAAGAGGACCAGAUAGCCAGUUCUGAUUCUGUUUCAUCUGUAGCUAAGCAUGUUGUUGUUGGAUUUGUUGGUUAUCCAAAUGUUGGAAAGAGCUCAACAAUUAAUGCUUUAGUUGGUGAGAAGAAGACUGGUGUUACUCACACACCUGGCAAGACAAAGCAUUUCCAGACAUUGAUCAUCUCACAGGAGCUCACUCUCUGUGACUGUCCUGGUCUCGUUUUCCCUUCGUUCUCAAGCUCAAGGCACGAGAUGGUGUCAUGUGGUGUCUUGCCAAUCGAUAGGAUGACCAAGCACCGGGAAGCUAUUCAGGUGGUGGCGGACCGUGUCCCAAGAAGUGUCCUUGAACAGAUUUACAGGAUAACUUUACCAAAGCCAAAGCCAUAUGAAUCACAGUCGAGGCCACCAACUGCUGCUGAGCUGCUGCGAGCCUACUGUGCAUCCAGGGGGCAUGUUAGCCAUGCUGGACUUCCGGACGAGACUAGGGCUGCUCGACAGAUAUUGAAGGAUUACAUUGACGGUAAAAUCCCACACUUUGAACUUCCUCCUGGCACAGUAGAUGCUGAAAUAGAACACGAAGAAACCACUGGAUUAGAAGGCCCAUCUACUUCAGCACAUGAUGAAUCAGACGGUUCUGGAUCCGAUGAACACGAUGAUACAAUUGAUUCAGCACAACCAGAUAUCAGGCAUGUCCUGAGUGAUCUCGAAUCGUUUGACCUGGCCACUGAAGGGUCCAAACCUGCUGGAAAGAAGAAGAAAGAGGCGUCCCACAAGCAACACAAGAAGCCCCAGCGGAAGAAGGACCGGUCAUGGAGGGUCGGCAACGACGGUGGCGAUGGAACGGCGGUUGUAAGAGUGUUCCAGAAACCAGCCGUUAACUUCUCUGCAGUCAGUGCAAGCGAGAGGAACUAGUGCCCCUGACAACACAAUGUGUGUACAACUACACUUGGCACACAUGGGCAUGCUAUACUGUCAUGCUCCCUUGAGUUCUCUGGAGAGUGACCUCUGCAUUGCAAAAUCAAGAAAUUUGCUUACACCGGUGAGCCAGGUGGAUGAGACAUGGGAGACGAAGGCUAUAGAAGAACUUGUUUUUUCUGUUUUCUUUCAGCUUUUGUUGUAUUGUAUGCAGUCAGUUGUCAACUUGUGAAACAUGUACUGUUUGCUCAUCCAUGAAAUGAUUCACAUAGAAAAA